AUGAAAUUGUGUUCAGACUGCGAGAAACUGACGAUCAAGGCCCUGCAAGACGACGAUGUGCCUCUCAAAGAUAAUCUGGCCACGUUGAUCGUGUCGGCGCGGAAUGGAUGUUCGUUCUGCUCCAUGUGCUGGGCUCGGUUCCAGAAAGACUGCACGCCCGAGACCAUCCAGAGACAUCUCCGAGGGGAAUUCGAGCCUGGCGAGAACAGCAUGGACUGGAAAAUCUACCUCCAGGCGGAGUUGCAUGAGCGUGGUGGGCACUUUUGGCUCAACGGCAAGGGAAGUCACAUUCAGAUCAGCUCUGGGCGAUUUCCUCGCUACAGCAGCGAGCCCGGCACGGGAACGAGACUGUAUACACACCUCAGCGUCUUUGCGGAUCCAGGUACCGCCGCCGCCAGGUAUCUGCCCGACCGAUUCUCUACGCAAUCGAGAAACCCGAAUCUCCGCAUUUCCUGGACCAAACAGAUGUUGUCAAGAUGUCAAAGUGGCCAUCCUCGUUGUGGGAACUCGCGGGUGCAGACCAUGCCGACCAGAGUCAUCGAUGUUGGCUGUCCGUCGCAAGGGCUCGCACCUUUUGUAUUUGUGACGAACGGUUGUGCUGACAGAUAUGUUGCGCUCUCGUAUUGUUGGGGGGACGGGGUCAAACCAGAGACCCGACUCAAGAAGGCGACGUACGACGGCAUGUUGCGGUACAUUGAUGAAGUGCACAUCGCCAGGACUCAUCAAGAAGCGUUGCGUGUCACUCGUGAGCUUGGAUUUCAGUAUAUAUGGAUUGAUGCCCUCUGCAUCAUACAAGACAGCAAGGAGGACUGGAAGACUGAGAGUGCGAAUAUGACACGCGUCUACGGCAAUUCCGAACUGACCUUGGUGGCCGGACGAAAUGGCAACUGUACAUUGGGUUUCAUCGACAAUCUCGUCGAGCCCACAGCACCAGUGCAUCAGUUGGAAUACAUCCUGCCCGACAAUCCGGUAGAUACCAGCGUGUGCUACAUCUCUCUCCCGAGAAGCUUGGACAGAGGUCGCGUGGAAGAUCGUGCUUGGUGCUUCCAAGAAUCAGUUCUGAGUCGACGCGGUAUCGUGUACGGUGCGGAGCAGUUGAUCUUCGAAUGUCAGGAGGGCACAUUCUACGAGGACGGCACCAUCACCCUCCGAGAAGCCACCCAGGAAGGGCGUUACAUUCUGGGCGAGCUGUGGAAGACCGAGCCUGAACGCAAUGCUGCCAAGGAAACAAUGCUCCGCCGCUGGUAUCAUAUGGUAGACAGAUACUCGAUCCGAAGCAUCUAUGACCCGCACGAUAUUUUCGCGGCUCUGGCGGGCAUCGCCAAGGCGGUCCAAGGCACUCUGGGCUGCCGAUAUCUCGCUGGACUGUGGGAAGACGAUCUGAUCAGAGGCCUCCUGUGGCACAGUUGGAACGACGCCAUCGCCGCCAUGCCGACUGGUGGAAAGUAUGGAUCCCUGGCUUUGAGACGUCCGACCGAGAGAAACGCCAAAAACCCUCACCUACUGGGACAGCCAGCACGGCGGGCUCCAUCCUGGUCCUGGGCAUCAGUUGAGGGCCCAGUCCUGACGAACUCGGUCCAGCGGCCGGAGAAAUACAGGCAGAAGUAUCGCACUGCCACGAACUUUUGCAUCCGGCCGGCUCUGGACCAGCCACCCAGGUGGACCAACAACGACAGCUGUGAUGUGAACCAGAUGUGGAUGCGCGAGUGUGAGCUGGAGAUGAUGGCGGCACCGGUCGAGGUGGCUUGCUCAACCCGCCGAGUACCAGAGUAUUCCAAGCGGACGAGAUGGUGGUACUCACCGGGCAGGAUCGCCAAGCGCGGUGUUCUUCUGGUGGCUCCCGGCCAUCUUCCAGAACGAGUGGUAGGCGUCGGUCUGUUUGAUGUGGCCGAUGAGAAGACAUCACCGUUGUGGUGCAUGCGAGUCAUCAAGGAGGAAGGGCUGAUGCUGCGGCGUGACUGCCAGGGGAAAUACCACCGGCUCGGCGUUUUCGUCGUCGAGCAUGAGGCCUGGUUUGAAGAGGCGCGGGAGGAGAAAGUCUCACUCCUCUGA